AUGCCUUCUGAUGCCACUACUGUCAAGCCUGUCUGCCUCGGAAUGGCGGUUUUAGUGCCGGUCCUCGAGACUCGUUCGACCACACUCCAGGCGGUCACGGGUUGGUACCAUGUUAUGCUUGCUGACAAAAACAAUGACAACGCCGUAAACCUUUGGCAUUAUUCUCCACAACAAGCUCAUCUUGCCAGCCCAGCUCUCAUUGAUUACUCGGCCAUAGAUAAUUUCCUCCUGCCUUCAGAAAUUCUGCUCACCAAGCUGCAGUUCGACACUAUUGAAUCCGACUUUCCUUCGUCCUCGCCCAUCUACCUUCCUAAGCCGGUCCGUCUUUCGACUGUUGCCGACUUUCCUGCCUCCGUCUCCUCUUCCCAGUUCGACAGUAUCGAUGGUCACCCGGAGAGGAUUGUCUGUACAGCUGCAGACUCGGUCUUGGAAGACUGCUGGUCCAUCUCUGAAGCGCACUCUUCGCCCUCCUCUAAAAUGACGGCGUCGUUGAAUCGGCCUCGCCGUCUUCCCGUUUCUGCAUCACAAGCCCCAGCGCCGCCCACACAACGCCAGUUUGCUGUACGUCGUCUUGCUGAUCCGAUUUCCUCGUUGUCCGUCUUCGGUGCCAAUCAUUCCGCGUCAGACAUCAGUUUUGACGAAACCGAGGACACCACGUCGGCAGCACCAGUCCUGCCUUCGCCGUCUCAGCCGACCAACUCCACCUCAGACCAGGCUGACGCCAGGCCGGCCGACCCGUCCACACAAGAGACGGUCUUCUCCGAUCUACCGGCCUACUCGGCCUUUCUCGACCCCGCCAUCAGUCCCGAAGAGAUGCUGGCGCUUAGUGCAUACUUGACCCAGCACCCCAGUUGGCUCGGUUUCCAAGCUUCUGUUCUCUUUUUACGUUUGUUGCUUCUUGUUGUUCUUAUGUUUAUUCUUUCUUUGAUUCUUAUUUUUAUUCUACUUCUUUUCCGUUUUUCUCUUUCUUCUUCGCUUCUUAUUUUUCUUAUGCCUACACUUGUUCAAUUGCAGCUUAUCACCUCUGAACGGGGCUACCUUUCGUUGCUGUUGUUAAUGCGCGACGUCUACAUGCGCCCAUUUCCCCUCAAUGCUGAGGUGACCGUCUCUGCCUCUACUGAUUCGAUUCCUGUUGGCUCUGACGGCCAUCAUCCCUUUGCCUGUCCCGGCGAGACUGACUCUGAGCCAGAAUUACGUCGCGAGCUGUUCCCUUUUCUCGAGGAGCUGGUUCACUUGCACGCUCAGAUUCUGGCUCCACUCUUGGCUGCGCAUAGUUGUCGCGAAGAUCAUUUCGUCCGAUUCUCACAUGAAUUGUCGACACUGGCGCACUUUUUGAGACUGACGCCAGAUCGUUGCGAUUCUCGAGAUUGGCGCUUUCAUUUGGUUAAGCCCACUGUCGCAUUUUGCGCUGGACCGGAUGGCGCGCGCAGUGAAUUCGAUCUGGCGAGCUGCUUAUGCGACACUCACCGGCAAGAUCCAACUGAGCCCUGGUUGGACUAUCGAUCGGGGCUCAGGCCAGUCUUCUCCGCCUUGUCGCUCGUCAAUUUUGCUGCCAGUGCAGGCCUAAAAGACACGUGGACAACGGGCAGACUAGUCUGA